CGAGCUGAUGUUAUAUAAUCAUUGUGAAGAUUAAAGAAUCUGUGCUACGCCUCCAUUUGCUAUAACUGCUUCAGUUUUAAGCCACCCAAAAAAAGGAACCCAUCUGUAGACAUGGUAGCUCAAAUAAUACUGCUCGUCAUAUGCUGCAUAUGCUUGAAACACUUUGCCAAGGGUGAAUUUCAACAAAGUCUGGCUAUAACCGACAUCUUGCCGGAGGACAUCAAGCGCUACGAUAAAAUGCGUCCGCCCAAGAAGGAGGGACAGCCCACCAUAGUUUACUUUCAUGUAACGGUCAUGGGACUGGACUCCAUCGACGAGAACUCCAUGACCUAUGUGGCGGAUGUGUUCUUCGCCCAAACCUGGAAAGAUCAUCGCUUACGGCUGCCCGAGAACAUGACGCAAGAGUAUCGCCUGCUCGAGGUGGAUUGGCUGAAGAAUAUGUGGCGACCGGACUCCUUCUUUAAGAAUGCCAAAUCGGUUACAUUCCAAACAAUGACCAUACCCAAUCACUACAUGUGGCUCUACAAGGACAAGACGAUCCUCUACAUGGUAAAGCUAACGCUUAAGCUGUCCUGCAUCAUGAACUUUGCCAUCUAUCCUCAUGACACACAGGAGUGCAAGCUGCAAAUGGAGAGCUUAUCUCACACAACAGAUGAUUUGAUCUUCCAAUGGGAUCCCACCACGCCGUUAGUGGUGGACGAGAACAUCGAGUUGCCGCAGGUGGCGCUGAUACGUAACGAGACUGCCGACUGCACUCAGGUCUAUUCGACAGGAAACUUCACCUGCCUGGAGGUGGUCUUCACGCUGAAGCGUCGCUUGGUCUAUUAUGUCUUUAAUACCUAUAUACCCACCUGCAUGAUUGUGAUCAUGUCGUGGGUGUCCUUCUGGAUCAAGCCUGAGGCAGCGCCCGCUCGAGUCACGCUGGGCGUGACCUCUCUGCUCACGCUCUCCACGCAGCAUGCGAAGUCGCAGUCAUCUUUGCCACCCGUCUCCUAUUUGAAGGCUGUGGACGCCUUCAUGUCCGUCUGCACAGUAUUCGUGUUUAUGGCCCUCAUGGAGUAUUGCCUGAUAAACAUUGUGCUCAGCGAUACGCCCAUACCUAAGCCGAUGGCAUAUCCGCCCAAGCCCGUGGCGGGCGAGCCGGGCAAAAAAGAGGCGGAAGGGGGACCAGCAGCUGGCAGCAAUGCCGCUUCGAAUAAAAAGUCCACGAUGCUGCCCCUGGCGGAUGAGAAAAUUGAAAAGAUUGAGAAGAUUUUCGACGAGAUGACCAAAAAUAAACGCAUUGUGACCACAACACGGCGUGUGGUACGUCCUCCCUUAGACGCCGAUGGCCCUUGGAUACCGCGUCAGGAGUCGCAUAUAAUAUUGACACCGACUAUACGGCCACCGCCACCGCCGCCGCCAGCACCGGAACCAGAGUUGCCAAAGCCGAAGCUAACGCCCGCGCAGGAGCGCCUAAAGCGCGCCAUCUACAUCGAUCGAUCAUCGCGUGUGCUCUUCCCGGCACUCUUUGCCAGUCUCAAUUGCAUCUAUUGGAUUGUGUUUUACGAGUAUCUCUAAGAUGCUAACUACUAUAUCUACUGUAAAUAUGAUAUGAUCCCACAAGCUAAAGCUCUUCCUCUCCCUCUCUCCGCGCGAGUCGUACAACUUUAUUAAAUGUUAAUUGUUCACAAAAUAUAUAAAUAUUUAAAUAUGUAUGAAAAGUCUUAAGCAUAGACACAAAAGCUUUAAGUCAACGAAUUUUAA